CUGUGAUUGGUGGGUCUGGGUCCCUUUAGCGCGGUGAGUUUGAAACUGCUCGCACUUAGUUUCAAAGCUGGCUCUGGCAAGUUGAGCGAAGAGCUUCGCGGACGUGGUUAUCUGGCGCCGCGGCCGCCGCGGAGAUAACAAGCCGGGAUCUACCAGACUUACUGAUUAACUAUGGAGGAUUAUACCAAAAUCGAGAAAAUUGGAGAAGGUACCUAUGGAGUUGUAUAUAAGGGUAGACACAAAACUACAGGCCAAGUGGUAGCUAUGAAGAAAAUCAGACUAGAAAGUGAAGAGGAAGGGGUUCCUAGUACUGCAAUUCGGGAAAUUUCUCUAUUAAAAGAACUUCGUCAUCCAAAUAUAGUCAGUCUUCAAGAUGUGCUUAUGCAAGAUUCCAGGUUAUAUCUCAUCUUUGAAUUCCUUUCCAUGGAUCUCAAGAAGUACUUGGAUUCAAUCCCUCCUGGUCAGUUCAUGGAUUCUUCGCUUGUUAAGAGUUAUUUAUACCAGAUCCUACAGGGGAUUGUGUUUUGUCACUCUAGAAGAGUUCUUCAUAGAGAUUUAAAACCUCAAAAUCUAUUGAUUGAUGACAAAGGAACCAUUAAACUGGCUGAUUUUGGCCUUGCCAGAGCUUUUGGAAUACCUAUUAGAGUGUAUACACAUGAGGUAGUAACACUCUGGUAUAGAUCUCCAGAAGUAUUGCUGGGGUCAGCUCGUUACUCUACUCCAGUUGACAUUUGGAGUAUAGGCACCAUAUUUGCAGAAUUAGCAACUAAGAAACCACUUUUCCAUGGAGAUUCAGAAAUUGAUCAGCUCUUCAGGAUUUUCAGAGCCUUGGGCACGCCCAAUAACGAAGUGUGGCCAGAAGUGGAAUCCUUACAGGACUAUAAGAAUACAUUUCCUAAGUGGAAACCAGGAAGCUUGGCAUCUCAUGUCAAAAAUUUGGAUGAAAAUGGCUUGGAUUUGCUCUCGAAAAUGUUAGUCUAUGAUCCUGCCAAACGGAUUUCUGGCAAAAUGGCACUAAAUCAUCCAUAUUUUAAUGAUUUGGACAAUCAGAUUAAGAAGAUAUAGCUCUUUGCCAUUUCCACAUUUGACGUUUCCAGAUUGCUACACCGAGAAUGAAUAGUUGUAUUUUUACUGUUAACUCUAUUUUUGUCUUGUAUAUUUUUCUUUUCUAUGUUGUAAAACUUAAGCUGUUCUUCUUUUUUCAAAACUGUAACUUAAAAAUGUAAAUAUUGUUCUAUAUGAAUUUAAAUAUAAUAAUUCUGUAUAUGUGUGUAGAUCUUUCUGUAACAACUUUGUUACUAUAAUAAAACAAUCAAUCUAA